AACCCUCCUCCGCCUCCUCUUCUUCCCCCGGCUGUGUUGUGAUAAGCCGCUGCGUGGAUCCAUCAAAGGCAUCCGAGCAUCCCACUGGAUCACUGAGUAAAGGAGGAGUAAGGGUGGGCUUCAAUCCCCCUCUUCACUCGCGCUCUCUCUCCUUCUUCUGCUGCCCCAGCACCUGAGUUUGUGCAGUGUUUUAGCUCCACAUCCUCCAGGCGAACCUCAGCGGCGCGAGAGAGCCGAGCGAGGCGCGGCUGAAGCGGCUACGAGCAACGGCGUGUCCCCCGCCCCACAGAGAGCCUCUGGAGGGGUUUGGAUAUUUUCCCUUUUUUGUCGUUGUUGUUGUUGUUGUUUAUCGAGUCGGAUAAGUUACGGUGGGACUUAAAAAUGCAGGCUUUCUUCCGUCAUUUUCUCCGUUCCGUACCAUCUGGCUAUCGGCUCGCCGCGGCGUGCUGACGCCGGAGAAGGAGGGCGAAGAGCGGCUUGGCGACGAGGAGGACGCGCCCCCCCACCACCCCUUUCCGUGAGCUCUGAUGCUACAGCUGGAUUCAUAUAAUCGUGGAGGGAUUAUACACCGAUGAGAGUUUGUUAUUGAUAAUUGUGCGUGUGUGUGUGUUUUUGUGUGUGUGCGUGCGCGUGCAUCAUGCAUCUGCACACAACUUUGUCCACGUCUUCUCUGGUUCUGUUUUAUUAAGACAAGACAGAGAGAAGCUUGCAAGAAACAAACAAACAAACAAACAAAAACAAAACAAAAAAACGCCGGUAGCAUGCACCAGAGACGCUGCAGCCCGUCACUAAAGAGAGCCCGGGGCGGUGGGCUUGUGUUGCCAGCUCAUUGCUAAAAAAGCUCAAGUGUUGCCUGGAAGCCAGGCCUUGCGCACAACCAACCAGCUGUGUGGUGAGAAAGAAAGAAAAAAAACAAACAUCUGAAGACUCCCAAACAGAAGAAGAACAAGUUGAAGCAGAUGGUGUUCCGAAAGUUGCCCGGCGUGUCUGCGUCAGGCAUGGGGCUGCGUCUGUCGCAGAAGUUCGUCUUCUUGCUCUUCCUGUCAGGCCUGGUGACCCUUUGCUUCGGGGCGCUCUUCUUCCUGCCCGACUCGGUGAGGCUGAAGCGCAUCUUCCUGUCCAAGAGCGAGAGCCAGCCGGCGACAGCGGCGGGUUCCGGCAUGGCGGAAAACGAUGCAGGCGAGCGCCCCAAGCGGCCCCGAGAGCAGGACCGCCCGCGGGGGGUGACCUCCACCAAGGGGGAGAGCGGGGUCGUCGUGGCGGUCGGCGGCGGGACGGGCGGCCGGGGCGGCGGCGGAGGAGGAGGCCUCGCCAGGUUUAAGGGUCUCGCCCGAAAGAUGCCCCCGUCCUACGAGGCCACCGAGGAACGUCUGGCCGGCGAGAAGGCGCAGGAGGACCAGACCCCGGGGUCAGAGAAAGCUUCCUUGCUCGACUCGGGCGCCGCUUUCACCUACAAGAAGUUCCGCAGGUGUCUGCUCAAGCCGCCCCUCGGGAAGGAUGGCGGCAAGCCCGGCGACCCAGAGACCAACGAGCGGCGGGAGAAAGUCAAAGAGAUGAUGAAAUUUGCCUGGGACAACUACAAGCAGUAUGCCUGGGGCAAGAAUGAGCUUAGGCCUUUAACCAAGAAUGGGCACAUUGGCAACAUGUUUGGUGGCCUGAGGGGAGCAUCCAUCAUCGACUCGCUGGACACACUCUACAUUAUGGGACUGUUGGACGAGUACAACGACGCUAAAGAGUGGGUUAGGAGCAGCCUGGACCUAACCUCGAAUGGCGAAGCGUCGCUCUUUGAGGUGAACAUCCGUUACGUCGGCGGGCUGCUGUCGGCGUACUAUCUGACGGGAGAGGAGCUAUUCAAGACUAAAGUGCUGGAGUUGGGCGCCAAGUUGCUCCCGGCCUUCAACACGCCGACGGGGAUCCCACGAGGAGUCAUCAAUCUGGGGAGCAGUGGCAGCAGUUGGAGUUGGGGCUGGGCGUCGGCCGGGAGCAGCAUCCUGGCCGAGUUCGGGACCCUGCACCUCGAAUUCGUCCACCUCAGCGAGCUCUCCGGCGACCCAGUCUACACCGAGAAGGUGAUAAACAUCAGGAAGCUGCUGAAUAAGAUUGAGAAGCCUCAAGGCCUGUACCCCAACUUCCUCAGCCCAGUCAGCGGAAACUGGGUCCAACAUCACGUGUCCAUCGGUGGACUGGGUGACAGUUUCUACGAGUACCUCAUCAAGUCAUACCUGAUGUCUGACAAGAUGGACGAGGACGCCAAGAACAUGUACUACAACGCUCUGGAGGCCAUCGAAAGCAACCUGGUACAGAAGUCACCCGGUGGCCUGACCUACAUGGCCGAGUGGCGAGGGGGCAUCCUGGACCACAAGAUGGGCCACCUGGCCUGCUUCUCCGGGGGGAUGAUCGGCAUCGGCGCAGACGACGGCGCACCCGACAAGCGGCAGCACUACUUGGACCUGGCCGCCGAGGUCACUCACACCUGCCACGAGAGCUACGACCGCUCGGCCACCAAACUGGGACCCGAAGCGUUCCGUUUCGACAGCGGCGCCGAGGCCACGGCGACCCGGCUGAGCGACAGAUACUACAUUCUCAGACCCGAGGUCAUCGAGAGCUACAUGUACAUGUGGAGGCUCACCCAUGACCCCAAGUACAGGGAGUGGGGAUGGGAAGCUGUGGAGGCACUGGAAAGGCACUGCCGAGUGGAGUCGGGCUUCUCGGGGAUUCGCGACGUUUACACGUUGAGCGACAGCCACGACAACAUGCAGCAGAGCUUCUUCCUCUCUGAGACCCUCAAAUAUCUGUAUCUUCUGUUCUCCGACGAUGACCUCCUGCCCCCAGAGGACUGGGUCUUCAACACGGAGGCCCACCCUCUGCCCGUGGUCCGCAAGAACUGCCUGCAGGACCCGUCAUCCACCGCGCAAGACAAUACCAAGCUCUCCGGAUGAACGCCAACCCUGUCGAGACCCUCAGCCAGCGUUUGCAUCCAUCUGACGAUGCAGCGCCAAGGAAUGCGUUCAAGUUCCUUUUCAAUAAAGGGCGUCGUGGUUUCUUCACGCUGUGAUUGUAUAUUCUAUCUUCUAUCUUUUUCAUUUUUCAUUUUUUGGGGCGGACAAUCAAAGACAAAACUUUUGCGGACACUUUUUCUUUCCUCUGUGAGGAAAAAUGAACUCAACAUUGUCAGGAAAACCACUUUGAGAUUGUCGUUUUUUUUUUAAAGAAAUGAUUUCGCUUCACUGACCAAAGGUUUUCUUUCUCCCCACCACCUGCCUGCAGUCACGUCUUUGCUAUAAUAAGCAACGAAUUGUAAUAAUAUGUACUGAUAGCUCCAGAAUAUUCCAUUGAUGUCAUGUUUCUUGCUGAAACUUUCUUAAGAAUCACAUCAGGAAAGUGUCUUAUGCAUCCUGGGACCAUUGUAAAAAAAAAAAAAAAAAAAAAAAAAAAAAAAAAAUUACAAAAAAGGACACUUAGUUUUUGUUUUUUGGCUUUUUUUUUUUUUUUUACUCACAGCCUUUCAGAUAAUGGAUACCAAGCUCAAAUGUGUUUUCCCGUUCCUGUUCAGUUUCUUUCCGCCAACACUGAUUUUUGUUGGUUUUAUCAGUACUGUACAGAAAACAAUAAUAAUUUCUUCCUUUUUUUUGGUGAUAUCUCUAUUCUUCUUUUCAGUCGAUUUGCUUCCCUCAGGUGUUUCUGUAAGAAAAAAAGGAGGAAAACUAACGUUUAAAAAAAAAAGUAUUAAGAUUUUAAGUCUACUUUUUGAGGAUAUUUGAAUUCUUAUUAUUAUGACUUAUUAAUUGUUUGUUUUAACUUUGGUUGUUGAGUAUUUUCAAAUACUGGUUUAAAAAAAUAAAUAAGAGCUGUGCAACUUUG